UUACUUUAAAAUGGUCCGGCUGAGCAGCAGCAGCAGUAGUCGCAGCAGCAGCAGCAGCAGCAGCAGCAGCAGCAGCAGCAGCAGCAGCAGCAGCCGCAGCCGCAGCAGCCGCCGCAGCCGCAGCAGCUGCACCAGCUGCAGCAGCCGCCGCAAACGAGGCAGGCGAGUGUCCUCCCGCCUGGGUGGCCUGGCGCUGGUGGUGGUCGUGCGCGUGGCGUAGGAGCUUCUGCCUUGUUUAGCCUUGGUGC